CGCCGCCUCCACUCCGCUGCUUGGUGCGGUCCCCGUGUGGCCCGGGCGGCCCGGGGGCGCGGAGCCAAGGCAGCGGCCGGCUGCAUGAAGGACUGCGAGUACCAGCAGAUCAGCCCCGGGGCCGCCCCGCCGCCCGCCUCCCCCGGGGCGCAUCGCCCCGGCCCUGCCGCGCCCCCCGGACCGGGCCCUGGACCCCCGCCGGCCGUCGCCCCCGCCCCGGCGCGCUGGAGCAGCAGCGGCAGUGGGAGUCUUGGCCGCCGCCCUCGGCGCAAGUGGGAGGUGUUCCCAGGCCGCAACCGCUUCUACUGCGGCGGUCGCCUCAUGCUGGCCGGCCACGGCGGAGUCUUUGCGCUCACAUUGCUGCUCAUCCUCACCACCACCAUCCUCUUCUUCGUCUUCGAUUGUCCUUUCCUGGCCAGCCAACUGACCCUCGCCAUCCCCAUCAUUGCCGCCAUCCUCUUCUUCUUCGUCAUGAGCUGCCUGCUGCAGACAAGUUUCACUGACCCUGGGAUCCUGCCCCGGGCCACUGUCUGUGAGGCAGCUGCCCUGGAGAAACAGAUCGACAACACAGGUAGCUCCACGUAUCGCCCACCUCCUCGGACCCGGGAGGUGAUGAUCAAUGGGCAGAUGGUAAAGCUGAAGUACUGCUUUACCUGCAAGAUGUUCCGGCCACCCCGGACCUCACACUGCAGUGUCUGCGACAACUGUGUAGAACGGUUUGACCAUCAUUGCCCUUGGGUGGGCAACUGUGUUGGGAGACGGAACUACCGCUUCUUCUACGCAUUUAUUCUCUCCCUUUCAUUCCUGACGGCCUUCAUCUUUGCCUGUGUGGUCACCCACCUGACGCUGCGUUCUCAGGGAAGCAACUUCCUCUCUACUCUAAAGGAGACACCAGCGAGUGUCCUGGAGUUGGUGAUCUGCUUCUUCUCCAUCUGGUCCAUCCUGGGCCUCUCAGGGUUUCACACUUACCUCGUAGCUUCCAACCUGACAACGAAUGAAGAUAUCAAAGGCUCGUGGUCCAGCAAGAGGGGUGGAGAGGCAUCAGUCAACCCCUACAGCCAUAAAAGUGUUAUCGCCAACUGCUGUGCUGUGCUCUGCGGGCCCCUACCUCCCAGCCUGAUUGACCGGAGGGGAUUUGUGCAGUCUGACCCCGUGCUGCCCUCACCCAUCAGAAGUGACGAGCCAGCCUGCGGAGCCAAGCCUGCCAAGCCUGAUGCCAGCAUGGUAGGAGGCCAUCCUUGACUAGGGCUCAGUACUUGCCACCUGCUGGCCUGUCUGCCCUUCUGCACUCACCUGCUGCCCUGUACACCUGCUGGGACCCUCCCCAUUACAUCUGAGGGAAGCAGAGCCGCCAACGACUCAAGUCUUUUCGUAUUUA